GACAGUUGUUACUUGUUCUUGGCUGUCAUGGCCAAGUUCACCAUGGCGGCCUCCAACCUCUGCAUGGUCAUUGUUGCCCUGGCUGUGGUUGCGGCAGCUGCCGUCGGCGAGGUCGAGCACACCUUUGUUGUGAGCGAGAUGAAGAUGACGCACCUGUGCAACGAGACGCUGGUCACCGUGGUGAACGGGCAGCUCCCUGGUCCGGCGAUCGAGGUCACCGAGGGAGACUCCGUCGCCGUCCAUGUCGUCAACAAGUCUCCCCACAACAUAACAAUCCAUUGGCACGGAUUGAAGCAGCGGCUCAACUGCUGGGCCGACGGUGUGCCGAUGAUCACGCAGUGCCCUAUCCGGCCAGGCCACAACUUCACGUACCAUCUCAACGUCACCGGGCAGGAAGGCACCCUGUGGUGGCACGCUCACGUCUCCUGCCUCCGGGCGAGCCUGCACGGCGCCUUCAUCAUCCGGCCACGCCACGCCUACCCAUUUCCGAAGCCCGACAAGGAGAUCCCCAUCGUUAUAGGUGAGUGGUGGAGCAUCAACCUCGCGCAGUUGGGCAAGAACAUGGAGGAUGGCUACUACGAUGACACCUCCAGUGCAACCACGAUCAAUGGCAAGCUUGGAGAUCUCUACAACUGCUCCGGGGUCGUGGAAGAUGGCUUGGUGCUGGACGUGGAGCCCGGCAAGACCUACCUGCUCCGCUUCCUCAACGCCGCGCUCUACUCCGAGUACUACGUCAAGAUCGCCGGGCACGAGUUCACGGUGGUCGGCGCCGACGCCAACUACGUCCGCCCCUUCACCACGGACGUCGUCGCCAUCGGCCCCGGCGAGACGGUGGACGCGCUUGUGGUCGCCGACGCGGUCCCCGGGAAGUACUACAUGGUCGCCGUCGGUGGCCAGGCGCCCAAGCCCGACAUCCAGAUCCCGGAGACCCGGUCGAGAGCGACGGUGCGGUACGCGAUCGGCGCCGGCAACGGUGACGAGGCGGCACCGCCGAUGGCGCCGGAGAUGCCUGACCAGCACGACUUCAUGGUGUCCUUCAACUUCCAUGGAAACUUGAGCAGCCUGAACCGGCCGGGCUCGCCCUCGCAGCCGGUGCCGACGACUGUUGAUGAGAGCCUGUUCGUCGUGCUCCGCAUGGGCUCCAUCUGCCGACAAGGUCGACUGUCUUGCAAGAGGAGCGGGAGCAAGGAGUCCAUCAUCGUGGAGACCAUGAACAACGUGUCCUUCCAGCUCCCCGCCGCGGCGGCAGCCACGCCGCUGCUGGAGGAGCUCUACUACGACAACCGCCGCAACGGAACGGCCGGCGGCGGCGGCGGCGGGCUUGACCAGCUGUACACGCUGCCGGACAGGCCGGCGAGGCCGUUCAACUACACCGACCGCGCCCUGAUCCCGUGGGGCCCCAACGAGGCGUGGCUGGAGCCGACGGAGAAAGCAGCGGUGGCGCGGCGGUUCCGGCAUGGCGCGGUGGUGGACAUCGUGUUCCAGAACGCGGCCAUGAUGGACACCGACAACCACCCGAUGCACCUGCACGGGCAUGACAUGUUCGUGCUCGCGCAGGGCCACGACAACUACGACGCGGUGAGGGACGUGGCGAGGUACAAUCUCGUGGAUCCGCCGCUCAAGAACACGGUGCUUGUCCCCAGGCUAGGCUGGGCUGCCGUCCGCUUCGUGGCCGACAAUCCAGGGGUGUGGUACAUGCAUUGCCACUACGAGCUUCAUGUGUCGAUUGGAAUGGCGGCUGUGUUCAUCGUAGAAGACGGGCCAACAUUGGAAUCAGCUCUUCCGUCACCGCCUGUAGAUUUUCCGAAAUGCGACCAAUAGUCUAGCAGUGACCGGAGAAAGAGUGACAUCUUGGACAAUCUCGACAUGCAAAUAUACAUGAGAAAUUUCAUUCUAUUAUGCUAUUUAUAUUUAAUAAUUAUUUUGCAACGAUAUGUAAUCUAACAUAAUAAAUUAUAUGUAAUUUCAGUUUUAAUCUUUUA